AUGGCACUAUCAGCUAGAGCAAUUGAAGAUUUUAAACAAACACUUAUGAGUGAGCCUAGAAGUCGAGCGCAAAUGAAUAAGCUGCGAUUUUACGUAAAAUUAAUUUAAUUAAAUAAGUUGGCUUUAUAAAAUUAUAUUUUUCAUAAAAAUAAUUCGCAAAUUCAAAUUUAUAAGCUAUAAAAUCUAUAGAUAUUUUAAAACCCCUACCACUAAUUCAAAAAAUUCAAGUAAUUUUUACUCAGAUGUGCAAAUGUAUGGAAUUAUUUGAACACAAAAAAGGAAGCCAAAUUAUCUCUAUUAAAGACAAAGUUUGAGAUUUUUUUAUGGUUUUGACUGGAAAAGUUGCCAUAAGCAGCCCAGGACUAUCACAAUUAAUAAUCGAACCUAUGAAUAUUUUUGGAAAAACAAACCCAUUAGCUGAAGAAAUCCAUGGGAGAAUCAAUGCAGUUGCAGAAGAAAAUUCUUUUAUUAUAAAAAUCCCAAUUGAAAAAUACAUGAAAAUUAUGAGCGAAUUUAUUAGCUUUUUAGAAAAAAAGAAGUCUAUAGAAUUUAUUGAAAAAUCAAUACCAGGAGGGAAAUUAAUCAGUGAAUCAGGCAAACAGAGAAUUUUGAACCUUUUUACUGAUGCAGAGUUUAAAAGUGGAGAAAUUAUUUUAAAAGAAGGCGAAAUUCCAGGGUAUUGCUUUAUUAUAAGAGAAGGAGAAUGCAAACAAGUAAAUUUAAGCGGGUCUAAAAAGCAUCCAUGAGGUUUUAUGUCACGAACUAUGAGCUGUUUUAAUUAUGAUUUAGCUGUAGCUGGGGAAUGAGUUGGAGAAUCUUCUUUACUUUUCAAUAAGCCUUUAGAGUUUUCUGUAAUUGCUUCAACUUAUGUAAAAGCGAUGAAAAUCACGUCACAUGCACUGAUUCAUGGAUUUCCAAAAAUGACUGAAAAUAGUUUUUUUUCAAAAUUUUACCUAAUAAAUUUUAAAUUAAUAAAAAAUGUAUAAGACUCCUUACCAAAAUGACUAUAAGUUUAUUGAAAGAAAGUGUCGGUAAUAAAGUCGACUGAUGGACACAUAGGAGAGAAUCAAUAAUGUCAACUGUAAAUAAUGGACCUCUAAAUGAAGGAAAAAAAGAUAUUGAUGAAACUUUUAUGAACACUGAAAGAGGGUACCCAAAAGCAAGCAAAGCUGCUAUUUCAAGCUUGAGAAGGCUUGAUUUAGCAAAAACUGAUUAUAGACCUGAGUUGAUGAAUUCUAGGCCGAAAAUAAGAAACUUAACACCAGUUUUGUAUAGAAAAAAUGAAGAAAUAAAUGAAGGCUGAAGGGUAUGGAGUCCACCUAAGUUAGUUAGUUAGUUUUAAAAGGCCAUACGUGGGCGAAACCAGCGGACCUCAACACCUCAGCUCGAAAGACGACUCCAGGUCGGGUUCUGAUGUGGCCAUACUCCCAGACCCUACGGCAUCUUGAUUUCUGGUCAAAAUCACCUGUCCAAGGGAUCAGCUCCUUUGGACAGAGCCACUUCUGUCUGAGUGCCCCGAUGGUUCCGAUGAAGGAAGACCAUGUGGUAGGAAAAGCCUGUCUAGCCCAUCUGGCAGGGACAGGGAAAACCUUCGGGGGAGAAAUAAAACUUCCUCUUCGCACGGCUUUCCCACAACUGAAGGCCUACUUAGGACAGGAAUGAGACCUGUAUCUUCAGCUUCAUCAGCAAUGGGUCCUACCAGCUCCAUAGGAGGUGAGCCUCGGAGUCCAAUUUCCGUCAACGUCACCAUUUUAUUUCUGAGUCCACCUAAGGCAAGGUCUUUUAAAUAUAUAGAAAAGCCAAAGCCUGAAAAGAAAGCGAAAACUAUAUUGUGUUCUGGAGCUGCUGUAAGUAGUAAUUUACUCCCGACUUAUACACCUCCGAAAAGUAGGAAAGGCUCGUUAAUAGACAAAGAAAGAUCAAACUCAAUCAGUAUUGAGAACCGGACACAUAGUCCUUAUUUUCCUAUCAGAGUUAAAAAAAUACCGUCAUUUUUUUUGAAGAAAAUUGAUAUGAAAAAUGAUUAA